AUGGUCUUUGAAUACACUCGCAGUACCUUGUUGGGUAAGGUGAAAGAAACCUCAGUCAGUGUGAGUGGAUACGAACAGUGGACGUGUGGGGAAAGGGUUAACACUGUGUGCUGCAACUCGCUCGAGUUUCAGAAAGUUCUCUGGGGAACCCAACUGCAGAGUCCCUUCGCGGACCCUGCCUGCGAGACCGACUGUAACAAGAUGCUGGGGCUCGAGGUGCUCGCCCCUUGCUUUGUGCGAUGGAAAAGAACCAAUAAGGAGCGAGGCAAAAACUGGAAGUUCUUGGAGGAGAACAUCUUGCUGCUACGGAAGCAAUUGAAUUGUUUGAGGAGAAGAGAUGCUGGUUUAUUGAACCAGUUGCAAGAACUCGACAAGCAGAUCAGUGACCUGAGACUGGAUGUAGAGAAGACAUCUGAGGAGCAUCUGGAGACAGACAGCCGACCUAGCUCAGGGUUUUAUGAGCUGAGUGAUGGGGCUUCGGGAUCCCUUUCCAAUUCCUCUAAUUCGGUCUUCAGUGAGUGUUUAUCCAGUUGUCAUUCCAGCACCUGCUUUUGCAGCCCCUUGGAGGCAACCUUGACUAUCUCAGAUGGUUGCCCCAAAUCUGCAGAUGUGAAUCCCAAGUACCAGUGUGAUCUGGUGUCUAAAAACGGGAAUGAUGUGUAUCGCUACCCCAGUCCACUUCAUGCCGUGGCCGUGCAGAGCCCAAUGUUUCUCCUUUGUUUGACUGGCAACCCCCUGAGGGAAGAGGAGAGGCUGGAUAACCAUGCCAAUGACAUUGGUGUCGGAUCCGAGCUGGAUGCCGUCAAGACAGACACUUCCUUACCAUCUCCAAGCAGUAUGUGGGCUGCUCCUCCUCCUUCAUCCAGUAAGAAAAUGGAUGGUUACAUUCUGAGCCUGGUCCAGAAAAAAACACACCCCGUAAGGACCAACAAACCAAGAACCAGUGUGAACGCUGACCCGACAAAGGGCCUUCUGAGGAAUGGGAGCAUUUGUAUCAGAGUGACUGGGGGUGUCUCACAAGUCAACAGUGGGAACCUUAAGAAUUCUAAACAGGUGCCUUUGCCCUCCGGCGGGAUCCCCCCUUUGGACAGUGGGACAUUCUCCCCGCUGAAACAGUGGUCAAAAGAAUCAAAGCCAGAACCACUAGAAAGCAAGAGGCUGACCCCGCCCGAGGGCUGCUCCCCAGGCACUGCCACUGAACUUCAAGGAAAGCAUCUGCUCAAAAAUGCCAAGCCAGCCGCCCAGGACCAUGCGAGGUGUCCCCCCGCUGGGACAGGGGAGCCCCCUAAGGAAAGCGGUCACAUCCCAGCUGCCUCUCCGAAAGAGAGCCCUGGGAGAGGCCCCGCGCCGCUGCAGGAGAACAAAGUGGUCCAGCCACUGAAAAAGGCGUCCCAGAAAAACAGCCCGCAGGCUGCCGCUCCGGGGGCCUACGCCUACGUGGCCAGCGACUCGGAGUACUCAGCCGAGUGCGAGUCCCUGUUCCACUCCACCGUGCUGGACACCAGCGAGGACGAGCGCAGCAACUACACCACCAACUGCUUCGGCGACAGCGAGUCCAGCGUGAGCGAGGGCGACUUCGUGGGCGACAGCACCAGCAGCAGCGACUCCGAGGAGAGCGGCGGCUUGAUUUGGUCCCAGUUUGUCCAGACUCUGCCCCUGCAGCCCGUGCCAGCCCCGGGCCUCCGCAACAACCCCACAAAAACCUUCGUCAAAAUCAAGGCUUCACAUAACCUCAAGAAAAAAAUCCUCCGCUUUCGGUCUGGCUCUUUGAAACUGAUGACAACCGUUUGAGGAGCAUUCUUGGUUGUGGAAGGUGGGGUCCCCGCGCCCCUAGUUCCCGAAGAAAAGGUGACGUCUUAGUUUUUUCGUGUAAAAAUUUCAUGGAAUGCUUUCCUUUGUUAAGAGAAAACCGAGGUGAAUUAUGUCUCAUCUUCGUCGUGUAUGGACACUAGUGCCUUUAAUGGAAGGUAAAGAAUGUUUUGCUGGUUAGAAGUGAAUAUUGAGUUUCUAAUGGUGGUGAUAGUGAGUGGAUUUUGUGGUAUCAGAUGAUUUUUAUUUGAAAUUUUCUGAGCAUUUGUGAAGGCACAGGUUUUGAUGUUCAAGUGUUAAUGGGUUGAGACCUUUUGCUCUGAAGGUCAGGUGGAUGGAAUUUUAGGACAUACAUUUGCUUCUUUGGUUCUUUAGGGCAGCGUCUCCAGGAGGUUUUUUCCUGUUGGGGGUAUCGCAUACAAUUGUGUGAAGUAGGUACAAGGGGCAGUCGUGGUUUUCUGUAAUUUUUUACAUACAGUACAUUCUAUUUUCUUCUCAGGAUUGUUUGGUUUACUGGACUCAGAACUUGAGGACCAGACCCUAAAUCCAGAGAGGUGACCUGGAUGGGUAGGCUAGUAAUAAACCUUAAAGGAUUCACUAAAACCUUUGCCACACUUGGUGCCUAGGCCCUGGUUACAGUAACCCCUUCUAGGGCCGGUUACCCAACAUUGAUGCCUUUCUCCUCCUCCCUAAUUUGCAGCAGAUCCAACCAUUCUUCCCUUGGAGACUUGCCUUUGAGAUAACAUUUUGGUCAUUGUGUAUAGAGAAAUUCACUCCUAAUGAAAUGACCCUUAGGUGUGACUCCAAGCUCAGAAUUGCUCACUGAGCACCGUACCACGUAAGCGUUAGCCCAAACACAUUAGUGCAAUCCAGUCCAGCUUGGACCACCGACCCUGUCUGGUGGUCCUUUUUUAAAAUAAAUGUUUUUGGUAAACAGUAUUGUGUAAAAUUGCUUUUUUUAUACCAAUAUCUGCAUGUUUUGUGCAUGAGUAGUAUUUGUUUUGAUAUUCCUAUUGGUGUUAAAUGACUGUAUGAUAUAAACAGUAUGUGUUUUUAUAUAUCUUUGUGUAAAUUUAAUAUAACACAUUAUAUGCUGUAAUAAACGAUUUGUUUUACUGCUGUUAAGUUUGUUAUUUGGGUAUAAAACCAGAUGUUUACACCUAUAAAUCUUGCACUGAUUUUUGUGGGAUUUAUAUUAGGCCUAUUCUAGCAUUAGAAUAUCAUUUGCAAUAAUUUAGGCAGAUUUUAGGGGUGUUUGAAUGGAUGGUGAGUAAGCAAAUGAGGAAAAGUAAGCCAGUUAGAAUAGUUAAGGUGCUUCUUUACAAUAUAAGGUAAAUUUGAUAUCUUCUUAGGAAAUUAUUUCUGAGAAGACUUCCCCCCACCUCCCCCAGCUUCUAAGUAUAAAAAAUUUUCAACAUGGAAAAGUUGAAAGGAUAGUACAAUUAACUCCUACCUAGCUACCACCUAGGUUCAACAAUUGUUGAUGUUUUGCCAUGCUUGCUUUAACUCUCUUCAUUUAUAUAUUAAAAACAAUUGCUGGUUUUGUUCGUCAAGGACAGAUUUUGGCAAUCCUCCCUCUCCCCACCACAUUAUUUUAAAGUAAAAUAAUUAUUUUACUACUGCAUUAUUUUAAAGUAAAUUUCAGGCAUCAUGAGAUUGCAUCUCUAAAAACUUGGGCAUGUAUUUCCUAAGAACAAGGAGAUUCUUUUCUUCCAUAGCAUCACACCACCAUGAUCACACCUAAGGAAAAUUGACAAUAAUUCUUAAUAUCAUCAAAUAUUCAAUCUCUAUUCAAGUUUUCCAACUUGUUUCAAGAAUUUUUUAAUAACAAUUUCCCCAUUCCUCCCCAACCAGGAUUCAAUCAGUGUUACACAUUGCUUUUCGUUAUAGAUCCCUAAUCUUUUAAGUCUAGAAUAGCUUCUCCACAUAUAUAUUUCUAAAAUGACAUUGGGUUUUUAAAGUCAGCACAGUUGCCUUAUAGAAGGGCCAACGCUCUGGAUUUGGUUGUUUCUUUAUGUUGUCUUCUAACGUGUAGUUCCUCUAUUUCCUGUGAACUGUGAAGGCCUGAUUGGAUUUGGGUUAAACAUUCUUGGCAAGAAGAAUUUCACCAGUGAUCUUGUGUAGUUUUAGUGCUUCACAAUAAGAAACAUAGUAUCAGUUUGCCCUACUGUUACUGAAUUUGAGAGUGAUCCUUUGGUCAAGUUAGUGAGCAGAGUUUUCUCCACUAGAAAGUUUCCUUUUUUCCCUCUUUGCAAAUGUUUAGUAUUUGUGGGUGAUUCUUUGGUACUGUCUAGAUAUCCUAUUCUUCAUAACUUUCCACUUAAUGACUUAGGUUUCUUUGCCUGAAUCAGUUACUGCCUUGGGGAUGCAAAAUGGUGGUUUUCUAAAUAUCUUUCUUUCUACUUUUAAAAACUGACAUGCUACCAAAAAGAGCUUUCCUUAUUUUUUCCCUUUCUCUUUGUUUUAAAAUAUUAUGAUGGACUUAAGGAUUUUUAUUCAUUUGGUACUUUAUAAUCACUUACAGUUAUUGUUCUUUUUGAUGCUCAGCAUGUCCCAACUUUGGCCAGUGGGAGGGUAAAUUUUUUUAAAAGAAGACUGUAGAAUAGGCUCAGUCUCAUAAUUCAUUUUUAUUAUGAAAUGUACUCAAUUAAAAUGAUUUUUUGGAUGGUAAAUUUCAGUGCAACAAAAAUCCCUUAAGUAUUCGUUUUUUGUUUCUGUCUUGGAAAUGAUUUCUUUUCCUGUAAUUUAUAAACCUCUUAUCUUUAAGAAGGCCUUUAACUUUGGAACAUAGCAUGGCUUAUAAAGAUAAGACUUUUUUUCCCAAUAAGACAUCCUUUUUUCAGCAAGACAUCUUUCUAGCAAGAUAUCCCUCUAGCAAGAUAUCCCAGACAAUUCUUCUUCAAGAUGUUGUAGAGAUGCUCAUCUUUUAGUAUUCAUAUGUUUUUAUAUGCAACCAGUCAUUCUUCUUUGACUAGAAUUUGUCUGGUUACCUGAUUAAAUCUAAGCAAAGCACAAACAAGGGGAUGAUCUCACCAUCUUUUCUAGUCCUGUGAUCCAAUCUCUUUGGGGGCGAGUUGUAGAGUUUAUUGUGUAACGCAACUGUGACCUGCAGUUCUUGAAUUGUGUCCAAAUCGUUCUCAAUAAGCAUUAUGCUCAGAAGGGGCUGCUUUCUGAAAACCAGCUUCUGAGUAAUUACAUUGUAGGUGACGGAACGCCAAAGGAAGAGAAGCGUGAAAAACAGGAUUUUCAAAGAACCUUGGGCUUGUCCUCCUCUGUUGCUUGACUUGCCUGUAGCUAGCAGUAGUACUGCACUUGGAAAAUUGGGUUUUGUCCAAUAUUUUCAAUGACAAAAUAUCUGCUAUUGUUUCAAACAAAAGAGCUCUUUAAAAUAUUUUCCUUCAUUUAAACAAAUCACAAAUGCUUAUUGUCAGACAAAAAAUAUCAGAUCUGCACACAGGUGUUUACACUCUUCUCUCUUAAUCCUGCUCAAAUCCUACUCUUUGGUAGCGUUGGUGUAUGUAUUUCCAUACUCUGUUAUAUGCAUAAAUAGAUAACCUUUAUAUUUUUUCUUCAAAACCAAGUCUCAGUCUAUAUGUCUCAUUCUGUAUCUGGCUUCCUUCAUUUUGUGAAUAUAAUUUUCAGUGCUUAUUAAUGGGAUUCCAAGUAUUUCUCACUGAGGAAAAAGGCACCAGAUUUUAUGGGCUACUUGUUUGCUCUGCUUAGAAUAAUUCUAAUAUUUAGCAACAGAAGUGUUAUCUGAGUGCUAUACAUUUGUACAUAUUUGCCUUCCUAGUUUUCUCAUCAUUUUGUUAUUUUGUACUGUGAGGUCACUUCAGUGGAGUAUUAUUGGGGGAAUCCUGUGAGACUUGAUUAAGAAUUUUGCCAUACUGAGGAACUUUGUAUUUUUUUCUGCCCUGUACCUCAGGGACAUUUCCAGGCUGGACCACUUCGAAGUUCAUUUCUCUACUUUGGGGUUACCUGACUACAGAGGUGGUAUAAAUUCAAAUCCCAGGCCCACAUGAGGGUAUACUGCGCUUACAUGUUCUCAGAGGAGAAUUUCCCAAGGCAGACGAGCUGUUUAUUUUCAUCCUGGGCCAGGAAGUGGAUUUUUUUUUUUUCCUGGACCAACCUUUCAGUGCUGGUAGGAAUAUGGGGAAGUCUCAGUUACACAUCCAAACCCUGUGAAAGCUACGUCCCUGUCCCUGAGUGCCUUGCUUAAGGUUCCAGAAACUUCUCCCUCUGCUCUCCAAAGGCAGACCAAAAUUGAGUGCCAUUUUUUAGUCCAUAAAUGCUUGUGAGGAUGUUUGGUAAUAGUUUGUCCAUCAUUUCUAAGUGUUUUACAGUGAGACAAGUGACAAGUAGGUUAUCUGUUCCAUUGAAGGGCUAGAAACAGAAACCAUAGAGCUAUAUGUUGCCUUUGCCGAUACAUUGGAUUCUCCCUUCCCUGUCUUAUUUUUGGUACAAUAUUAUUGAGGUACAACUGAAGUAUGAUAAAAUGCACAUAUGUGAACUCUACAGUUUGAUCAGUUUUUACACACUUAUGUACCCACAUAAUCACCCUAAUCAAUACAGCAAACAUUUCCAUCAUUCUCAAAAGUUUCCUUGGUAUCUUUGUAUUCCAUCUCUCCCUCCACCUCUGUCCCCAGACAACCACUGCUCUGAUUUCUGCCACUAUAAAUUACUUUGUAUAUUCUAGAAUUCUGUAUAAAUGGAAUUAAACAGCGUGUAUUCAUUUUUUGCCUGAAGUUUUCAUUCCACAUAAUGAUUUUCAGAUUCGUCCAUGUUGCUUCAUGGCUCAAUAGUUCAUUCCUUUUUAUUGCUGAGUUGUAUUCUUCUAUAUAGAUAUAUAACGAUUUGUUUAUCCCAUUUACUUGUUGAUGGACAUUUGGGUUCUUUCCAGUUUGGGGCUAAUUACAAAUAAAGCCAUGAAGAACUUUCAUA